GCCAACCCUGGCUCCUCCCACACUCCCGGAGCCUUAAGCCCCGCCUCGACACCGCGGCCCAGUAGCCCAGGCCUGCCCGGGAUAGUGUAACAUGGGUUCCUCCAGCUCUACGGCUCUGGCUCGCCUCGGCCUCCCUGGGCAGCCGCGGUCCACCUGGCUCGGCGUCGCCGCGCUGGGGCUGGCUGCGGUGGCGCUGGGGACCGUAGCUUGGCGUCGCACGCGUCCCCGGCGGCGCCGGCAGCUGCAGCAGGUGGGCACGGUGUCGAAGGUUUGGAUCUACCCGAUCAAGUCCUGCAAGGGGGUGUCGGUGUGUGAGACCGAGUGCACGGACAUGGGGCUGCGCUGUGGCAAAGUGCGCGACAGGUUCUGGAUGGUGGUGAAGGAGGACGGACACAUGGUCACUGCCCGCCAGGAGCCUCGCCUUGUGCUGGUCUCCAUCACCCUGGAGAACAAUUACCUGACGCUGGAAGCUCCAGGCAUGGAGCAGAUAGUUCUGCCAAUCAAGCUCCCUUCUUCGAAUAAGAUCCACAACUGCAGGCUGUUUGGUCUCGACAUCAAAGGCAGAGAUUGUGGCGAUGAGGUAGCUCAGUGGUUCACCAACUACCUGAAGACGCAAGCCUACAGGUUGGUUCAGUUUGAUACCAGCAUGAAAGGAAGAACAACGAAGAAACUUUACCCUUCUGAAAGUUACCUUCAGAACUAUGAGGUAGCCUACCCGGACUGCAGCCCUGUCCACCUGAUUUCUGAAGCCUCCUUAGUCGAUCUCAACACCAGGCUGAAGAAGAAAGUGAAGAUGGAAUAUUUCAGGCCAAACAUCGUGGUGUCAGGCUGUGAGGCUUUCGAGGAGGAUACUUGGGAUGAACUCCUGAUUGGUGACGUGGAGAUGAAAAGGGUGUUGAGCUGUCCCAGGUGCGUUCUGACUACAGUGGACCCAGACACCGGCAUCAUAGACAGGAAGGAGCCACUGGAGACCCUGAAGAGCUAUCGCCUGUGUGAUCCUUCUGUGAAGAGUAUAUACCAGUCAUCUCCACUUUUUGGGAUGUAUUUCUCGGUGGAGAAGCUUGGGAGCCUGAGAGUGGGUGACCCUGUGUACCGGAUGGUGGAUUAGUGGAUCCCAUGGCUGACACGCUUCCAGGUCCGAGGAGACAUAUCUGCGAGUCCUCAUGGCCAUCUUCCUGGAACCGGAUCUCUAUUUUUCUUUCGGAGCUGUGUACGCCUUGACUUAAUUCAAGAAAAGUGCCAGAGGUGGUUUAGGAAUGUGAGGCUGUAUAAAUUUUAGAUAAUGAGGUUUUUAGAAAAAUAAAUGGAAUUUGUCUGCAAUUAUUCUGAAUGCUACACCCGCUAUUACGUUUUUCUCAUUCCUGCCUCUACGAUUGCUGAAGUUUAAAGACACAGCUCGAAAGCUGCCACUUUUAAAAAAUGUUUAUACUUUUCAGUAGGUCUGUCGCUUGAGAAAGGUAAGAAAAGGAGCCCUCUUGCCCUGAAUGUGCAGGGAAUGUGCACAUAUCUGAUGUGCUCGCAUGCUCACGAAAGCCUGUUGGCCGGUCUUGGCCUGGCUGUUGAGCCCUGCUGAGUUUGGUUUCAUUAUUGUUUACCUUGCUGUUAUAGAAGUAUGCUUACAUACAGAAAUGACUUCAGAGGUCAUGGGGUUAUUUUGUUCAUAGACUGUGGCUUUACAUUUCAUUCUGUUCCUAUCAAGACAGGUAGAACUUAUCUAUAAUUGUGAAUUCUUCCAAUUCUACAAGAGAGUGGACCUUAAAGGAAUGGAAUCUUCCUUCGGAAGAAGGAACAAGGAGAAACCAUGAACUCAGUCUUAAAGGCUCACGGUAGCACAGGAUGAUGCACUAGCUUGCAGUAACAGUACAAACACUAAGUUAACAUGGAGCCGAGUUAGCUCUCUUACAGCUGUGUGGUUCCAUUGUCAUUAAUAAGUGCGAGUCUCUCCU